AUGUAUGGGGCUCCUCCCCGAGAUCAGGGAUUUGAUGUCACGAUCCGUGUCACCGGUUUUGCCCCUAUCAUCUCACGUACGAUUCAGGAGAUUGAAAACAUCGACCGAGAAAUCCCAGAGGAUCGAGAACAAGAGCCACCAUUUCCGAUACGCCUGAGAAAUGAAGUUGACAACCUCGAACGCCAAUUGGUACACAGCCUGCCGAACACAAGUCUUCCUGUCCAUCACUUGCAUGGCAUUGAUAUAGAAACGGUCGUCGACAACCUCUCGAUCGCUCGUCACAUCGGCGCUCAUAUCUUCUACGAGAGAGGCAUAAACAAAGAGUGUGAUCCUCGCGCCGUUGUGGGGAUGGAUGAGAUAUCAGUAUGCCUCGACAGGGUUGAAGAUAUCAAAAUCUGA